AUGACUUGCCGAAAUGGGAACAGGUAUUCCGGAAGGGAACAGAUCGACUGCCUCACCUGAAGCGGGGGCGCUGAAGGACUCGAGACAGAGGACAUAAAUAACUCUUUAGAUCAUCUACAACCGCUCAACACAUCAAUAUGAUGGGCGCAUUUAUACUCGUUCUUUUCCCAUUAUUGUCGAGCGGUGUGUUUGGUGAUGUUGUGGUGACAGUGAUGGAGGGAGAUUCAGUCACUCUACAUGCUGAUACAAAAAUACAGAUAAAGGAAAUUGACUGGAGGUUUGGAGAAAAACUCAUUGCUGAAAUUGAUAUUGAGACCAGCUAUAGUUGGUAUGAUGAAGCUUUAAAAGACAGACUGAAGCUGUACAAUCAGACUGGAGAUCUCAAAAUCACAAACAUCAGAAUCUCAGAUGCUGGAUCAUAUAAUCUACAGGUCAACAGUGAAGAGUCACCAUCAAAGAACUUCACCAUCAACGUUGUGCCUAUAAAUCAAAGGCCGUCACUGUCAGUGCCCAUGGGAGAGUGUGUUACUGUAAACACUAGUGAUUUUGAGCCAAAUAUAUAUGAUGUGAUACGCUGGAGGUUUGGAGAUCAGAAAUCUCCUAUAGUUGAAGUCAAUAGAGCGACUGGAGACAUCCCUAAAUAUGACAAUAUUGCUGAUGGGAGAUUCAGAGACAGACUACAGCUGGACUAUUGGACUGGAUCUCUGACCAUCACACACACCAAACCCACAGACUCUGGAGAAUAUGAAGUUGAUAUAAUUAGCAACAGCAAAUACACCAUACACAAGACAUUCAGUGUGACUGUCAGAGAUCCAGGUCUGUCUGAAGGUGCUAAAGCAGCGAUCGGGGUUGGUUUUGUUGGUUUUCUGCUGGUGUGCGCAGUUGGAGCUGGUGUUAGGUUUUACUAUCGCCGCAAGAUCUCUGAACUACAAGCACGACCGCCCAUCGACCCAACGACGGACGACCCAACGAUGGAAUCCAACAGCGUGGGCGAAGGGAAUGAUGAAGUGAGGACAGUGUCAGUGAUUCAAGGAGAACCUUUUACUCUAAACCCUGAUGGAGAACAUAAAGACGACAAAUUAAUUUGGUCAUUUAGAGGCUUUUGUAUUGCUGAGAGGAAAAUCUCUAAUGAUAGAUUCAACGUACCUGAUGAUGUUCUUGAUGGGAUAUUCAGAGACAGACGGAAGCUGAACGAUCAAACUGGAUCUCUGACCAUCACACACACCACAACUGAACACACUGGAGUUUAUGAACUACUGAUCAUCAGACCGGGAAAGAGCUCAGUAAAGAAAUUCAGAGUUUCUGUCUUUGAUCAGACAGAUGAUAUAAAGACAGUGUCAGUGAAGAAGGGAGAAUCUGUCACUCUGAAGACUGGUGUCGAUGACAUACAGAUAUUUGAAGAGAUCCUGUGGAGGUUUGGACGAUUCACUCUCCUGGCUGAAAUCAGAGGAGGGACAAUCAACUCACCACUGGAAGACAGACUGGAUCUGGAUCAUCAGACCGGAUCACUGACCAUCAAGAACAGCAAACCCACAGAUGAUGGAGUGUAUAUGCUUUGCAAAAUUGAAGGAGGAAAGAUCACAACUAAUUUAUUCAGGGUCGAAGUCGGUGAGUAA